UUUCUGGUGGAAGUUCAUUUGUAUCUUUGUCAAACUACUUUAUUUAUCUUUCUCUUUCACAAUUUUAUUAAAGGAGAACACGAGUGGAAGAGGUAAGAGAGAAAAGAGGUAGAGAAGGCAGAGAGGUAACAGAGUAGACAAAACGGUAUCCGAUAGUAUAAAGCUUGUGCCAAGGAAGAAGUUCAAGAAAGAAGAAGUCAGUUCAUUCGAUCAGUCUUCAAAUUGUUUUCAUGAAGAAGGGGUCGGUCACGGGACGAUAAAGAAAUGAAUCUAUUAACGAAUUCGUUUACAUUGCGAUCUAUCGCAAUAACAGGAUUUAUUUUUAUUGGAAUUAUAUCGUUAGAAGCUAAAAAACCACACGGACCAAUAGAAGAAGCUAUACAGAACGGUGAAGCGAAUAAUUUUGUAAAAGAAAAUUGUACUUGGAGACGUGGACAUGAUCCAAAUUCUUGCCCUGAUCCAGAAGUUCGUGUUUAUUUGUAUACCCCAGGAAAUCCUAAAAGAGAACUCGAUUCAAGGGAAUCCGAUUGGCUUAGACACGAUUACGAACCUACCAGGGAGAAUAUUAUUCUUAUUCAUGGAUAUGCAGGUGGUGAUAACACAUUACCAAUCUCGGUGUUACGAGAUGCCUAUUUGAGGAACGGUAGUUAUAAUAUUUUCUUAGUAGAUUGGGGAGCAUUAUCUGCAGCUCCCUGCUAUCCAGCAGCAGUAUCUAAUCUCCAUCCAGUAGCUCGUUGCUUGUCGAGGACACUGACAAUUCUAAGAAAUCUUGGUUUACCUAUUCAACGGACAACUUGCGUAGGACAUUCUUUAGGAGCUCAUGUAUGUGGUAUCAUGGCUAAUUAUCUUCUCUUUCGAAUGAAUCGAAUUAUUGGUUUGGAUCCAGCCAAACCAUUGAUUCGUCCAGGCCUAGUAAAUAAAUUGGACAGCGGUGAUGCCGAUUUUGUUGAAGUUAUUCACACAAAUGCCGGUUAUUAUGGUGAAUCUAAUCGUUUGGGUCACGCUGAUUUUUGUAUAAACGGUGGCAAAAUUCAACCCUUUUGUAAGGAUAAAGAAAACGAUCAACUUUGUAGUCAUGUUUGGGCUGUUUGUUUUAUGGCACAGAGUAUUGAUAAUGAUGGUCGAGAUACAAUAGCAGAAUCAUGCUCGCGUAGAUGUCCUUUUGGUCCCAAAAUUGCACAAAGAGCUGGCGUCUAUGUUCCUAUGGGACAACAUACACCUAACGAUGUUAGAGGAUCGUUUUGUUUCAAUAGUUCAUUACAACCUUAUUGUCCAAAAUAUCAAAAUGGUCAUGGUGAUGAUAGAUGUUGUUUACCGCCGAACAACGCUGAUAUUUCGUUUAAAAAGAAAAAUAAUGUCUCUAUUAAAUCGCAAAAGGAUCCUGAUCGUUCAAAUUGAACAUACACAUCAUUUUAUUGAAUCGAACUAUACAUAUGAAACAGAUACAUACAUACGCACACAUUAUAAAU